AUGUCUGACUGUUUUUUUACCAGCACACUACCAGAUUAUGUUCUUGACCGGAAAAUUAUUAUCAACAAUAAUCAUGUUCAUUAUGUUAAUGGUUAUAAACUUGUCAAAGCAAGUGAAUUAUUCAAACGUCAAUUAAUUAAAUUACGUCGACGAGAGCUGGCAUGUUAUCAACAUCGACGUAAAAUUCUAGCUGUAUCAAAAUAUCGUCUAUGCAGAGCUAAAAUGAAAAAUUUAUCAUAUCCAAAAUGUCAACCUCUGCUACUGAAUUAUCCUGAUAUACCUGCAUUAGAAUGUCUUCUAUCAUUUAUACAUUGUGAUGAAGAAACACGUAACACUAUGCUUAGUGAUUAUAUUCAACCAACCACAAUUAAUUCAUUAUUAGAAGUCGGAUUAUAUUUUCAAACAUUCGAUUUCAUCAAUCAAUGUCUUCAUAUAAUCGCACUAACAAAUCGAAAUGCUUACUUGACGAUGCGAGUCUCAAGAUUUUUGGACUGGUUCGCUUCCCCAUAG